CGCGAAAUUAUCGCUUUACGGUCAUUUAGUGUCGUGGUACCGGGGCUAACUUCAGAAAUAAUCUUAAACCAAUCGCAAAUAGUAGUCUUAUCUAGGCGGACUAGGAACAAUUUUCAAUUGUAAGUCACACAAAAUGACACUCGAAUUUUGGUUAUUUUUUAAAAUCCGUCUUGAAAAUCGUAAAAUCUUUCGGUCUGAACUUUUUAUUCAACUCAUUCGGAUAAUUUAAAAUAAAAAGUAGUACUGACUUGUCAAUUAAAUUGUCAAUGUCGCUGAAAAAUGGCACGAUAUACUUCUCAAGAAUUAUGUGACAUGAUUUUGCUCUACGGAGAAACGAGAGGCAAUGCUGCUCGAGCUCUCAAUUUGUACCGGGAGCGGAAUCCUAACCGGAGGCAUCCUGCGAACGGCCGCGUCAUUGUGAACGCUGUGCAAUGUGUGCGGGACGACCUGCCCAUAUCCGGCAGAGUGCAGCCGCCACAAGGGCCUGGUGCAGCAUUUAACGUCAGACUGGCACUGGAACGACGGAUUCUUCAGCACUUCCGUGAACGUCCAACUACCAGCACAAGGAGAGCGGUAUUACAACAAUCUGCCGGAGGAAAUAAGAAACGCAACAUGGUUCCAACUCGAUGGAGCCCCUGCUCAUUCCACUGUGGCAAUCCGUGAAAAGUUGUCUGAAUUAUUUGGAGAUCGAUGGAUCGGACGAUUCGGACCUAAGCGAUGGCCACCGAGGUCGCCGGAUUUAACUUGUCUGGACUUCUUUUUAUGGGGAGCUAUCAAAAACGACGUGUAUUCUGCCGAAGUGGAUAAUGUAGAAAUGUUAAAAGAUCGAAUUAUUCAGGCAUUUAACACCAUACGGCAACGUGAUCUAAAUGUAGUUCAUCGAAAUACAUUAUUAAGGUACGAAAUGGGUACGAAGCAUGCAUACAAGCACAUGGCCAGCAUAUCGAGAACAUUUUAAAUUAAGUAAGUGGCUAGUAGGCAAUUAAUUAUUAAGGAUUCUGACAAGAAGCCAUAGAAUUUUAGUUAUUUUUUGUUUUCUUUAACUAUUUCAUUAUACGUGCAUAAAACCAAAAUUUAUUCAAUUAUUGCAUUUUUAUUAAGUGUAAGUAAUCGAUGUAAAUACUCCAACUUCUUUUGACAAGUGCCAUUGAUUCACAGUCCGAAA